AUGCUGUCUUUGAGAGUGGUCCCCGUCGUCGCUGGUGUGUACGAUGCGGAAACCAAAGUCAUCAAAGCCGUGAUUGCGAUGCUCCUCGCAGGGCAUGCUGGGGAGUAUUUUCGGAUCCAGACGAUGCCGAGCGUUGUUACCAAGCUGAACUCCAUGUCUGGCAUAAUCCGGUUUCACAACUUGCGAACUCUUUCCCAUAUGGCCCACCAGGACCGCGCAGACCAUCAGCACAGGACUCCCGCCGCCGGCCUUCGGAUCCAGACAUAUCGAUCAGGAGGAACUCUUCGAACAGAAAUCAAAACAACUUACCACGAUCAAGGUUACCUAGAAGUCGAGUUGGCCCUGACCGUCGAAAUUCCAGCUACCUCUACGACGAGGACCGCCGAUCAUUCACUGAAGAUAGACUCUCUCGUGGUCGGCCUUCCAAUCGUGGCUACGGCUCUACGCAAGAGCAUGUGUCAACAAGAUCUACACACCAGGAGCAUAGUCAGGCUCACAGAUUACAUCGCUGCUGCCAACGCGCUCGUGAGACGACCGAUCUACGAUGAGACGGACUCUAAUCGUGGUGAGGGUCAGGGUAGCCUCACACAACUUGGUGAAAACCGUUUCUUCCUCAAUGAAAGCCUCAAUCAGAUGACUGGACUGCAUGCUAAACAAGGAUACACAACUUCCAUUAGGCCAACUAAAGAGGCAUUCCUUCUCAAUAUCAAUACCUCUUCCACCGCAUUCUUCCCUGACAAGGCAGUUUCCAACAUACUUUCCAUCAUGAAAUCAGAGUCAAUACUAAGUACUGAAUUAAACAACAAAGACAUCGAGCGUAUGAUGACAGGCCUCAAACUCCGCAUCAACUACUAUCGCCCAAAAAGAACAAACGAAAAAGGUCCACCUACGGAUGAUAUUAACUCAGAGCACAGUUGUAGGAAAGUAUUCAAAAAUCUUGGCUUAUCCAUCACAGAACAAACUUUCUUCGACGAAAAUAAUCAAGCUCGAUCCGUCCUUGACUAUUUUAAAGAACGACCGGACGAGCUCAAAGCGAUGCGGGCGCAGUAUGGAUUCCAGCUGAGCUCCUCGAUAUGCUUCCUCAUCAACCAGUGA